CAAUAUUGCUGACAGAGAGGCAGACUUAAUGAAUGUGCAACCUCUGGUCUUGUCCAUAAGCAAACAAUGCAAAUCUCUCUUAAAACACUACACUGCUGCUAAGUCCCUCACCAAAACAACACAACUCCAUGCCUUGAUCAUAACGUCAGGCCUCCUUUGCCCCCGUUUAUCCUCAGACCUUUUAUGUUUUUAUGCUUCUUGCGGUCACAUCGAAAAUGCUCGCAAACUGUUGUAUGAAAUGCCUCAACCAACUUUGUUUUCAUAUAACAUGAUGUUCAAAAUGUACUCAAAGCGUGGGUUUUUUUUGGAAACCCUUAAUUUGUUUGUUGAGAUGAUUAGCUCGGGAAAAUGUAUGGCGGAUAAUUUCACUUACCCUUUUGCUUUUAAGGCUAUUGGGGAAGAAAAAUUGGUUGGUUUUGGUAGGGUAGUUCAUGGGAGAGCUUUGAUGGGUGGUCUUGAAAAUGAUAGUUUUGUGAUGAAUUCUUUGUUGGCAAUGUAUAUGAAUUGUGGGAAGAAAGAGGAAGGAGGAAAAGUUUUUGAUUUUAUGUGGAAGCCUAACGUUGUAUCAUGGAAUUCGAUGAUUAGUGGGUACUUUAAAAAUGUAUGGGCCAAGGAAGCUUUGGUUUUUAAUAAGAUGGUGGAUGAUGAGGUGAUAGUGGACAUUGCUACCGUUGUUUCGGUUUUGCCUGUUAGUGGAUUUUUGAAGGCUCUGGAGGUUGGGAAAAGGGUUUAUGAGUUGGUAAAAGAGAAGGGUUGGGAGAAGGAAAUAGUUGUAAGGAAUGCAUUGGUGGAUAUGUUUGCAAAGUGUGGGAGCAUGGCGGAAGCUAGGUCGGUUUUCAAUGGGAUGGAUCAGAGAGAUGUGGUUACUUGUACUUCUUUGAUCAAUGCGCAUAUUUUGAAUGGCGAUUUACGAGCUGCAGUGAGACUCUGCUUCUCGAUGGUACUUGAAGGUGUGAGGCCGAAUUCGGUUACCCUUGCAUCUCUUCUUUCAGUUUGCGGGGAGUCGAACAAUUUAAUGGACGGCAGGUGUUUGCAUGGUUGGGCAAUAAGGCAAAAGCUCGAGUCUGAUGUUAUGGUGGAGACUUCAUUGAUUGAUAUGUAUGCUAAAUGCAAUUGUAUUGAUCUUAGCUUUCAAGUUUUCAAGAGAACUUCGAAAAAGAAAACGGUUCCAUGGAAUGCAAUUCUUGCUGGGUGCAUUCAUAAUAGACUUGGAAACGAAGCUAUAAAACUUUUUAAAGAAAUGCUGAUAGAAGGUGUGAAACCUGAUGGUGCUACCUUGAAGAGCUUUCUACCUGCAUAUGCCAUUCAUGCGAAUUUACAGCAAGCAAUGAACAUGCAUUCUUAUUUGGUAAGGUCUGGAUUAUUGUCAAACAGUGAAAUCGCUAUAGCGGUGGUUGAUAUAUAUUCAAAAUGCGGUUGUUUAGAAUCUGCUCACAUGGUCUUUAACGGGAUACCGGACUUGAACAAGGACAUUUAUGCAUGGAGUGUGAUAAUACCUGGUUAUGGAGCACAUGGGAACGGUGAGGUUGCUGUUUCUCUUUUCACAGAGAUGGUUCGAGCCGGGGUAAAGCCUAACGAAGUGACUUUCGGUUCUGUGCUGCAUGCCUGCAGCCAUGCUGGUUUGGUGGACGAGGGUUUGGAUUUGUUCAACUUCAUGCUUAGGAACUACCAAAUAAGCCCCAAAACCGAUCAUUACACUUGCAUUGUCGACCUUCUUGGCCGUUCUGGAAGACCGGACGAAGCUUAUGAUAUCAUUCGAACAAUGCCGUUCUCACCUAAUCAUGCCGUUUGGGGUGCAUUGCUCGGUGCUUGCGUGAUACAUGGGAAUGUUGAUCUAGGGGAGAUAGCUGCAAAGCGGCUUUUCGAGCUGGAGCCGGGAAACACUGGAAAUUAUGUCCUGAUGGCUAAAAUAUAUUCUGCUGUUGGAAGGUGGGAAGAUGCGGAAAAUAUGAGACGAAUAAUAAAUGAAAUCGGAUUGCGGAAAGCACCAGCUCACAAUUUGAUUCAGGUCAGAAAUAUGUAA